AUUGCCACGUCAACUUCAAGAGACUCGUGUGUUUGUUUUGUUGUUGGUGCAACUUUAGCUGCCAUUUCUGAUGCGUAUUUGAAUUCGUAGCAUUUCAGCUAACACUGAUAAUUAGCCAAAAUGCUGACGACGGAGGACUACACGCACUUCCCGGUCCAGAUGUGGGAGAGGGUGCUGUCCAAGGUGAAGAAAGCGGUUGUUUUUAUGGAUGACAAGUGUGCAGAGUCUCUCCACUGGUGCGGAGGUGCUGCCGUCUUACUAGAUGCUGGAGCCCGAAAUUUAAAGCAGUUUUCAAGCUUCGAAGCCUGUGGGGUGAACGAACCGAAAGCUGUGUUUGUGGUGAGCACGUUGUUAAAGGGAACAACGGUGGAGAUCAUUAAAGACAUCAUCUCCCUCAGUCACUUCCAGUACUGUGUUGUCAUCACCACUGUUGCUCACUCCGUGCACCUGCUAGCCAACAAUGUCACCACAGAAAUGGAAGGCAGCCCUGUGUUUGAGCAGUUUGAAGAAAAGCUGUGCGAGUGGAUGGGAAACAUGAACUACACAGCGGAAGUCAUGCACGUCCCAGUGGUGUUCGCCCCGGUGUCCCAGCAGCUACUCCUCACGCCCAUGUUUGCACACCUGUUUCCCCUGCUCCCACCUGAUCUGGAGUCAAUAAAUGCAAAACGUCCAGAGAAGAAGAAGUUUGGAAGCUUGCUCGACGUGGACAUGAACUCUCUUCCUGUUGAACUGCAGUUUGAAAUCAAAUCCCUGGCUUCGGUGUUAAACUCAGUGUUUGAAGCUACAGGCACCAGAGAAGAGAGUUUCGCUGUGGGUCCCAUGAGCCGCAUAAUAGCAGGGGAACUGGCCAAUCACCCUCAAGCAAAGAACCGAAGGAAGGCGGCCCCUAAUAAAGCCUCCAUCAUUUUUGUGGACAGAACAAUGGAUAUUACAGGAGCUGUUGGUCACCAUGGAGACAACCUGGUGGAGAAGAUUCUGAGUCUGCUUAAACCUUUACCUGGUCAUGUGACAGACAUACAGGUGGACAUGCUGGAGCUCACAAGUCUGCAGCGAACCCCUCACUCCCAGACCACCCUGGCCCCCGGCUGCCUCGCACAGACCCAGUCACCAGCAGCUCAGACUCUGUGGGAGGCCAUGCUGACCAAUAAACAUAAAGAGGGGGUGAUGGAGGUCCGUCGGCAACUAGUGGAAACAGCCAGCAAAGAGAAGCUGCCAAUCAAGAUGAGCAUGGGCCGUGUGACCCCCGAGCAGCUGUGCUCCUACAUGCAGCUGUUCAAGAGUAGUUGGGGGGCGCUAGAGAGUCACUGCGGGGUGCUCCAGCUGGGCCUGGCCACGGCCCAGACCCUCCGCCACCCCAACUUGCCCCGCUGGGAUGCCUGCCUGGCCUUUGAGAGGCUGCUGCUGCAGGCUCUUGGAGACUCUGACUUCCCUGCUGUGCUGAGGCAGCUGCUGCCCUUGAUGAAGCCCCGUGGAGGCGAGGACAGCACGACCUCCGGUUCGAGGUCCGGGGAGGAUGAAAGUGGGCCCGAUGAGAUGAUCCUGCUGCUGGUCUACCUGUACUCCCUGGCUGACGAGGCGCAGCCUGCAGACCAGGACACAGAGGAGGAGGAGGAAGUGGAGAAGCUGGAGAGGGAGCUGAUAGGAGUGCUCACCCUGGUCCUCACCCGAGAGAUCGAGCUCAGCCCCUUGGUCCAGAAACUCACCGGUUGUGCAAACCCAGAGGAGCUGACCACGGAGCGAGCCCAUUCUGCUGUGGAGAAGAUGUUCGACACGCUGAGAGGUUUGAGUCACGCCAGAGAUCACCUCAAGCAACUGCGCUCCGUCUACACCGCCAGCGACGGAGUUCACCAGGCGACGUAUCGUCCUUUUCUGCGGCAGAUCCUGGAGGAAGUCUUCCGCCCUGACAGACCUGAAUGUCCCGACAUCGACUACAUGUCCGGAGGCCUCACGGACCUGCUCAAGACCGGCUUCAGCAUGUUCAUGAAGGUGAGUCGCCCACAUCCUGGCGACAACCCCCUGCUCUUCCUCUUCCUGGUUGGUGGCGUCACUCCGGCAGAGCUACGUCUCAUCAAAGAGAGCGUUUCCACUCACAAACCAGGAACCCAGGUGCUGGUUUUGUCUACCAGAUUGCUGAGGCCGACGGAUAUCCCCGAGCUGCUCUUCACCACCCAAAGACUGCUGCCUGACAUCGGUGUUUAAGGGGCCGUCACGUGGAAACACACCAUGCACACACACGUGGAAGAUGACACAUGGAAGAUGACACAUGGUGCGACCUCUCGACACCUCCUCGGGUGUGAUUUGAGUGUCAGUAAAUGAGAAUCACUGUCAAAGCUGCAAGAGGAAAUCAAGGAAAACGAUUCAGCAACAUUCCUUCCCUGCUCAUGUCUAUGUGUGUAUUCUAAAGUGAAAUCUAAAGCUAUGAUAUUAAAGUACCUAUUGGGUUUUAUUUUUCUUGCAGACAUAAUAAAAAAUGUAAAUAUCCGAGUGUGUAUUCCAAACAGAAACUCUCCAUCCAAAGCCGCUUUAAAGUGUUUUUCAGCAAGAGGUGUGAAAUGACAUCAAAUGUUAAUAUGAAACAAUAAAACCAGUGACUUGUCAAACAC